CAUGUUUGUAAUUUGGAAUAUUUUUCUAGCUAUAGAACAAUUUUUCUUACUAUUUUUGGAAUCCUAUGUUAGUUAAAAGUUGACUUGGAUAAUUUGGAGGAAUGACAAGGGUUACUCGUGAUUUUGGCGAUACGAUGCAAAGGGAUGCUGUUCCUCCUGUAUCAGCAGAUGUGAUCUUCCCUUCUAGCCGCUUUCCACAUUACAAAAUAGGAGCUAACAAUCAGAUUGUGGAGGUGAAGGAGGAUUCUACGGCACUUACAAUGAAAGAGGUGGUUGCUCGAGAAACUGCCCAGUUAUUAGAGCAGCAAAAACGACUCUCUGUUCGCGAUCUAGCCAGUAAAUUUGAAAAGGGUCUUGCUGCUGCCGCCAAGUUGUCUGAUGAGGCAAGACUCAAAGAUGCAGCUUCACUGGAGAAGCAUGUGCUGCUAAAGAAGCUCAGAGAUGCACUUGAAGAUUUGAGAGGACGUGUGGCGGGGAAAAACAAGGAUGAUGUGGAGGAAGCUAUUGCAAUGGUUGAAGCUUUAGCAGUACAAUUAAGUCAGAGGGAAGGAGAACUGAUUCAGGAAAAGACCGAAGUGAAAAAGCUUGCUACUUUUCUGAAGCAGGCUUCUGAAGAUGCUAAGAAACUUGUUGAGGAAGAAAGAGCUUAUGCAAGGGCUGAAAUUGAGAAUGCAAGAGCAGCUGUUCAGAGAGUGGAAGAGGCUCUUCAGGAGUAUGAACGAAUGUCCGGGACCUCAGGAAAGCAGGACAUGGAAGAAUUGAUGAAGGAAGUUCAAGAGGCAAGGCGAAUCAAAAUGCUACAUCAGCCUAGUAAGGUCAUGGACAUGGAGCAUGAGCUUCAAGCAUUACGAGUGCAGCUUGCAGAGAAAUCCAAGUAUUCAGUGCAGCUUCAGAAAGAGUUGGCAAGGAAGAUGGGUGAGGAAACUGUAUCACAGUUAUAUGAAUUAGAUGGCACGGAAGCCCUGGGUUCGUUUUUGCAAAUACAGCCCUGUUCUCUGGCUGCUCCAGAACUUUCAGAAUGUUCAAUUCAGUGGUUUCGCUUGGCUUGUGAAGGCGGAAAAAAAGAACCUAUUUCAGGGGCCACCAAACCUGUUUAUGCUCCAGAACCAUUUGACGUUGGACGAGUUUUGCAAGCCGAGAUAACAUAUGGAGACCAGACAACAUCGGUGACAACUGCUAGUGCUAUUGAUCCAGCUGCAGGCUUGGGGAACUAUGUUGAAGCUCUGGUGCGGAGGCAUGACAUUGAAUUCAAUGUAGUUGUCGUCCAGAUGAACGGAACAGAUCAUACAUCAGAGAGUAUCCAUGUACUCCACAUUGGAAGGAUGAGAAUGAAACUUCAUAAAGGGAAGACAAGUGUAGCAAAAGAAUACUAUUCCGCUUCAAUGCAGUUAUGUGGAGUCAGAGGUGGUGGAAAUGCUGCAGCUCAGGCAGCAUUUUGGCAAGUAAAGACAGGACUUUCUUUCGUAUUAGCGUUUGAAACGGAAAGAGAAAGAAAUGCAGCCAUUAUGCUGGCCCGAAGGUUUGCCUAUGACUGCAAUAUCAUGCUAGCUGGACCGGAUGAUAGAGCAGCUCUUGGAUCUUAAGAAACUAUAAUUUUUCGCGGGAGAAGUUGUAAUUAUACUGACUCUGAUGUAUCUAUAGGUUUUGUAGUAGUGAAUAUCCUAUAGUCUUGAUUGUUGUGUGGCUUUUUUUUCACCACCUUCUAUUCUCUUCUUUAUCUCUAUCUUGAUAGCAAGGCAUUGUUUUUUUUUUUUUUUACUUGCCUCCAUUUGAUUGUAAUGAUUCUUUGGUCCUGGUUUCUUUGUUUUGACAAGUGAUUAUAAUUGAGCUUCUCACUACUUUGCCUA